AUGAGGUGCCACGUUGCCACCAGCUGCCACGUGGUGUGGCUGUUUGUGCUGAUCUCUGGAUGCUGGGGCCAGGUGAACCGGCUGCCCUUCUUUAUCAACCACUUCUUCGACACGUACCUGCUGAUCAGCGAGGACACGCCUGUGGGUUCCUCUGUGACCCAGUUGCUGGCCCGAGACAUGGACAAUGACCCCCUGGUGUUUGGCGUGUCUGGUGAGGAGGCCUCCCGCUUCUUUGCUGUGGAGCCUGACACAGGAGUGGUGUGGCUCCGGCAGCCACUGGACAGAGAGACCAAAUCAGAGUUCACGGUGGAGUUCUCCGUCAGUGACCAUCAGGGGGUGAUCACGCGGAAGGUGAACAUCCAGGUCGGGGACGUGAAUGACAAUGCGCCCACAUUUCACAAUCAGCCCUACAGUGUCCGCAUCCCUGAGGACACACCGGUGGGGACGCCCAUCUUCAUCGUGAACGCCACAGACCCCGACCUGGGUGCCGGCGGCAGCGUCCUCUACUCCUUCCAGCCGCCCUCCCCGUUCUUCGCCAUCGACAGUGCCCGCGGCAUCGUCACGGUGAUCCAGGAGCUGGACUACGAGACGACGCAGGCCUACCAGCUCACCGUCAACGCCACGGAUCAAGACAAGACCAGGCCUCUGUCCACCCUGGCCAACUUGGCCAUCAUCAUCACAGAUGUCCAGGACAUGGACCCCAUCUUCAUCAACCUGCCCUACAGCACCAACAUCUACGAGCACUCUCCUCCGGGCACCACCGUGCGCGUUAUCACUGCCAUCGACCAGGACAAAGGACGCCCCCGGGGGAUUGGCUACACCAUCGUCUCAGGGAAUACCAACAGCAUCUUUGCCCUGGACUACAUCAGUGGGGCGCUGACCCUGAAUGGUCUGCUGGACCGGGAGAACCCCCUGUACAGCCACGGCUUCAUCCUGACGGUGAAGGGCACAGAGCUGAAUGAUGACCGCACCCCCUCUGACGCCACCGUCACCACGACCUUCAACAUCCUGGUUAUUGAUAUCAAUGACAACGCCCCAGAGUUCAACAGCUCCGAGUACAGCGUGGCCAUCACUGAGCUGGCGCAGGUCGGCUUUGCUCUCCCCCUCUUCAUCCAGGUGGUGGACAGGGAUGAGGUGAGUCCCUGGAACUAUGGCCCAUCUAGACCCACCACCCUGCCUGGGUGUCACCUGGUAUCCCUGUGCUACAGCCCCACCCCUGCUGUGUCUGAGGAUAAAUAAGGCUGCAAAAAUCAGUGGUCUCUAACUUUUCGACUACUCCCUACCCCCUGCAAAAAAC